CGUUGCUGGGGGAGCCGGGAGGAGCACGGGGAGAGAAUCAGCACGCCAGGCGGGAAGAUGGGCACCCGCGGUCGGAUGGUGCAGGUGGUGGACACGGAAUACAGCGCCGAUUCGGUGGAGUGGUGCCCGCUGGACGACUGGCACAACUUUCUGGUGUGCGGCACCUACCAGCUGCGAGUGCCGGACAAGAGCAAAACGGAGUCUGCCCAGAGCGAUGAGUCCCAGGCCCGGCUCGGCCGCCUCUACCUGUACAGCUGCAACGAAGACCUGUCCAGUCCCAACCCGCUCGUGGAGGUCCAGAGGAGAGACGGGGCCGCCAUCCUGGACAUGAAAUGGUGCCACGUUCCGGUGGCAGGCCUGCCCACCCUGGGGGUGGCGGACGCCCGAGGAGUUGUGGAGCUGUUUCAGCUGGUGGGCCCAGAGAAGAACAGUUGCAAGCUAAACCCGCUGCUCAGCGUGGACCUGGCGCCUCGGACCAUCGCCCUGUCUCUGGACUGGUCGUCGGGACGCGCCGGAUAUAACGACCAGCACCUGAAACUCGUGAGCAGUGACUGGAAGGGCCAGCUGUACUUGGUGUCGGUGGACGAAUCGGCCCCCUCGGCCCGGCUCCUGUCCACCUGGAAAGCUCACGGCUUCGAAGCCUGGAUCGCCGCCUUCAACUACUGGCAGACGGAAGUCGUGUUUUCAGGCGGAGAUGAUGGUCUGCUGAAGGGCUGGGAUACCAGGGCCCCCCUCGACACCCCUCUGUUCACCAGCAAGAGGCAUUCCAUGGGCGUCUGCAGCAUCCAUAGCAGUCCUCACCGGGAGAACCUCCUGGCCACGGGAAGCUACGACGAGCACAUCCUCCUGUGGGACACCCGCAACAUGCAGCAGCCCUUCGCCGACACCCACGUGCAGGGCGGCGUCUGGAGGCUCAAGUGGCACCCCGCCGUCGACUACCUGCUGCUGGCCGCCUGCAUGAGCAGCGGCUUCAAGAUCCUCAACUGCCUGGGGACCCUCGAGGAGCGGAAAGACACGUGCCUGGUGACGACCAACUACACGCUGCACAACUCGCUGGCCUACGGGGCCGAUUGGUCCCGGCUGGUGCCGCGGCCCUGCCCGAGCCCGGAGCCGCAGGCCCAGUUCACCGGCCCCCUGCACCUGGCCGCCUCCAGCUUCGACCCCAUCUUCCGCAAGCUGGACUGGCAGUCCCAGAACCUGAAGGUGGCCUACGAGUCCCCAACGCCCACCUCGGAGGCCGGCUCAGACGAGGACACCGAGGGCCACAGCUCGCAGCGGCGCAUCCACAGCGGGGCCCGCUCGGGGCCCUCCAACCUGUCCGUCUCCCCGACGCUGAGGAGCAUGGUCACCACCCCGUCCCUCCUGUCCCGCUGGGACGAGCCCGAACCCGUGGCCGCCAAGUGCGAGGCCAACCUCCUGGCCACCUGCUCCUUUUACGACCACGUCCUCCAUGUGUGGAAGUGGGACACGAUCGACCUGUUGAGUAAAUAGCCGCGCGCUCACCUCCGACUCACCUGGAUGUCAGUCUGGACUUUGAUGGAUGCCAGGGGGGUGGGUCCGCCCCCUCCCCCUUUUUCAUCUGAGGGGCCCUGCCCAACUCCCAAAGGCUUCUGGAAACCCCCGUCCCGAGCCAGGAGGACGCCCGGCCCAGACCCUCCCUGUCUCUCGGCCUCUGGGAUUUAAAAAACGUCAUUUCCUUACCUCUGGGAGGGACCUGCCUCGCCCCUCUCCCGGUUCUUCUCCCUCCGAGGGGGCGCAGAAGCUCCCGUCCUGAGCCUAACCCUGUCUCUCAGCCUCCAGGAUUUUGGGAAAUGCCACUUCCCUGGGUUUCGAAGGUGCGGACACCCCCCCGACACUCUUCCGGCUCUCGGUCCCUUCUCCCUUCCAGCUUCCCACUACGCUUCCCAAAGCAGAGGCCGGGCAGCAGGGCGAGGCCCGAGGAUAACUGGAGUCUAUCUUCUAUUAAACACUGCUUUACCCCUCCAAGGGGUGUAAACAGGCUGAGAAGGAAGUUGCUCACCGGACCUACAAGAAACUCGUCUACAUUUCUCGCAGCGAGGGCCUUGCCUAGGAGACUUUUUUUUUUAAAAAAAAUGGUAUUUACUAUG